CCCGGCAUGCUCCGGGGCCGCCGGAAUUAACCCUUCAGGGCCCGCGGCUGCCCUGCGCCCCGCCUCCUCCCCUUACCUGGACACCGCAGGAGAUGGGUGCCCCCAUCGGCACACUGUCCUUUGGCCACCGGACAUCAUGCCUCCCAAGAAGGAUGUUCCCGUGAAGGAUGUUCCCGUGAAGAAACCAGCGGGGCCCCUUCUCUCCAAGCCUGCUGCCAAGCCAGCAGCAGCAGGGGCCCCUCCAGCCAAGCCCAAGACUGAGCCAGCGUCAGUGCCAGCUCCAGCUCCAGCUCCAGAUGUCCCUCUAACCCUUGAGAAAGCUGCGAAAGUCCAGGAGCCCCCCAUCGAUCUCUCCAAAGUGGUGAUCGAGUUUAACAAGGAUCAGCUGGAGGAGUUCAAGGAGGCCUUCGAGCUGUUCGACCGAGUAGGGGAUGGCAAGAUCCAGUUCAGCCAGUGUGGGGACGUGAUAAGGGCCCUGGGCCAUAACCCCACCAACGCCGAGGUGCUCAGGGUCCUGGGGUACCCCAAGAGUGAUGAACUGAAGUCCCGGCGUGUGGACUUUGAGACUUUCCUGCCCAUGCUCCAGGCAGUGGCCAAGCUCAAGGACCAAGGCACAUACCAGGACUACCUGGAGGGGCUUCGGGUGUUUGACAAAGAGGCGAACGGCAAAGUCAUGGGGGCAGAGCUCAGACAUGUCCUCACCACCCUGGGAGAGAGAAUGACUGAAGAGGAGGUGGAGGCAGUUCUGGCAGGACAUGAGGACAGCAACGGCUGCAUCACUUAUGAAGCCUUCCUGAAGCACAUCCUAAGCGUCUGAGCUCUACAGGUUGGGCCCUCCCACCUCGCCCUGAAAGGUGCCGCGGGGUCGGACGUGGGCACCCCCACCCCCCACCCCCCGCAGGCGAAAGCACGUUCCUGCCGCUAGGAGGCUAUUGUUUCAAAAUAAAGAGACGGUUCCUCCCUUGGUCUUGGACUCCUGAUUU